UUUCACAAAUGGUUCUACCAUUUGGGAAUGUCAAAUGACUCAUAAUUCUUUAUUCAAACUUUAUCUCAAACUGGUUUUGGUGCUUGAUUAUCAUUGUGAUAUUUGCUUUGUAGGACUUGCUAAACCUGCUCCUGUUAUAGAAACUUUUUGUACCGAUGAAUUAGUUUUACAGCAUGUGAAACUUGAUGGAGUUGUUACUUUGGUUGAUUCCAAGCACGCAAUGCAACACCUUAAUGAAAUAAAACCAAGAUUUGUGGUUAACGAGGCUGUAGAACAAAUUGCUUAUGCUGAUUGUAUUAUUUUUGAACAAGGUGACUGGACAAUAACACUUUGAGUGGAGCAAUUCCUACAUCUUUGGCUAACAUGACACAACUUUCCUUCCUGUAAUUCUUUUCAACUUUUAGCAUUUUAAUACUACUUGUUAUCAAGGCUCCAUCACAAGUUGAAUAGUUUAUAAAAAGGUUUUUUGGGAUUUUUUUUAAUGGUCUAGGGACCUGUCA